AUGGAUAUAAAUGUUAGGAGGAAGCUUGCUGAUCUUAUCAAUGAAGCAACAAAGACAGGUGCACUUGAACUCUCAAAGGAACAUGCUACAUCACUAAAGUCAAUAGUCAAGCAAUCCAACCUUUAUGUAAAAUGUGCUCAUGAUAUGUGUAUUGAGAAGCUGACCUCUAAGCACUGUCAAGUUAGGUUGUCAGCACUCAAUAUAAUCAAUGAACUAUUCAUGAGAUCAAAGUACUUUAGAGAGUUGUUAUGUGAACAUUUGACACUGGUGUUUGAGAAUGCUGUUGGCACCGAUGCUGCCAAACCAUUGCCACAACCUGCACAGACCGCGUUGUACAUGCGACCCAAGGCACUGGAGUACGUCGAGCGUUGGUGCGAAGCAUAUGGCGAUCACUACAUCCACCUUCGAGUUGGCUAUCACUACCUAAAAGACAGUCUCAAGAUACAAUUCCCCGAUGCUCGCACUGCCCAGACACAACGCAAUGUUGAAGAAGAGGAAAGAAGAAACAAGACACAGAACUUGUUGAGACACAAGUAUAAUCAGUUGCGACUGGAGUUUGGAGGCAUCGUUGCCAACAUUGAGACAAACCUCGAUGAUAUGGACAAGUUGUUUGGACAACUGGUACCAAGUGAGAAGAACUUUGAUGACCUGUUCAAGGAAGCCUUUGAUGAUGAAGGUGGCGACGGUGUUGAUGGCGGUGGAAGUCAACAAGACGAUGCUGGUACAAGAUCACAAGAAGAACCUGAACAGGAUAUUGUCAGACGUGGUGGAUUCGGUAACCUUGGCUAUGAGAUUGAGGUUACAAUUGAUAAGGACGCAGCUGAGAACAUACUCACUGACAACAAAGAUAAUGUAGAUAAAGUAGUUGCCAAGAAGAUAUCUGUUGGAUUGGCAGAGCUGGAGAGAGUACAGCUGUUGGUGAUCAAUGACUGGUAUACUACAUUGGUCAAGAUUGAUAUAAGUGCUCAUUCAGACACAGAGUACAGUAACUACAUGAGGAAGGUCAUAGAGAUACAGACACGACUCAACAAUAUCAAGGGUAGAUCCAACGAUGACAAUAACAACAACAAUAACAGCAACAACAACAAUGAUCCAACUUCAUACUUGGAUGAUGAUGGCAAUGAAUUGGAAAUGGUCGAAGUUAAUGGAGAGGAAUAUGAAGAUGAAUCCCUCGAUCACCUGGACCCUGACGACCCCUCAUCGACAACCACUACGACCACUACGACCACAACAUCAACAUCAUCGCCAACCAAGUUCCACAAGCUAUACUUUGGAAGCGACGUCAAACCACAAUCAACUGACGAUCUACCUGAGGAGGAGUCGAUAGAGGAUAUGUUGAAGAGAGCACCGGUAGUGGCUGCACACGCUUCAUUGAUGCAUUGGGGAAAGACUGAAGUCAGUCUUCACAAGGGUAUAGAGGUCGAACACAGAUUCAUGGGCGCAUCAAACGUGGAUCCAGUCGUACCCAUCUCAACAUUUGUUGCACUCAAUCAAAUGACAACAGUGUACGAAGCGCCGCCAUUGGUCGUCAGGGAGUGUCGCCACCCUCUGAAGAAGGGCGGACUGUGUCCUCGCAAGCAUGUCAAGGACUGUCCCUAUCAUGGAAAGAUUGUUGAUCGCGAUGACAAUGGAUACCCAAUCGACGAGCUUGAUCAAGAUGAGCAGCUACAGCUUGCAGUCCAGAACUCACUCAAGACGGCUCCAAAGCCCGAGAAGAAGCGCAAGACAUCAGGACUGGAGCCUUUGAACCAUGAUCCCGUGCAAGACAGGCUGGAUCAGCUGAUACUAAUAAAAAAGAAA